AUGCCGGAAGGUCUCAGCCAUGCGCGGCAAAGCGCGUCCAGAAGCGAGAGAGAUGCGAGUAUGGUCCUGUUGAACGAGGGGCAGUACAAUGGCAUUGCCAGUCCGGUGCUCGUGCGCCUGUCGACGAACCUGAACGGUAGCGAGGACUUCAACGACAAGGGCGCGAACCUGCACAUUGACAUGGACGAAGACCAGAAGAAGUCGACGAAGGCGCAAAUGUUUUCCUCUGAAUUCCGGUUCAACGCCGAGCUGUCGCUUCGCGUCGCCUGUGGUGUUAUCAUUGCAUCGUUCAUCCAGACGCGGGAUCCGCACUACGACCCGAGUAAGGAGCACGACAAGAAGUGGCUGUUGUUCCCUGACUGGUACUACCUCGGCGGUCUCAGCUACUGCGCAGUGGCUGUCAUCUUCUCAGCAGGUAAGAACGUGGGCGCGACGCUGACUGAAGUCUGCCAGGCGUUCUACGGCGUGGGAAUGGCGCUCGUGUACAACCUCGUGCUCUUUUCGUUCACCGACGUGCGCACGUUUGACAACUCGUACGACGGGUACCUCCUGAUCUCGGACAAGAUGGCGUUCGGAGGCUCCGAGUACUAUGUUCACUCACGCAACUUCUACGCCGUGUUGCCGUGGAUCGUGAUCUUCACCGUUGCGAUCCUGCUGUCUCCGCUCGAGAGCAACACGAAGAAGUUCGCCCUGGGUAACAACCUCUACUUCACGCUAACGAUCAUCAAUCCAACGGAUCCGCUCGACUCGUCCAAGUUGAAAGCCACCGGUGACACAUACUUCGAGCCGAGCAAUAUCCUGCACAACUUGGCAAUGUACUUCUUGGUGGGCUUUGGCGGGACGCUCCUGUCGCUGCUCAUUAUGUUCAUCCCGUAUCCCAUAUUUGCUAUCGCAAAGCUGCGGGACGAGACCACGAAAGCGUCUGGCGAUGUCCUGGAUCUCCUGAACGUCAUUGUCGACUCGUACUGCUUCAAGAACAAGAACGUCGAUCACAUGAACUUUCUCAAGCUGAAGCUCCAGCGCAAGUUUGCAGCUGCGGCCGCACGCCAACGUCGGAUGAUUGCGCUCCUGGACAAUGUCUGGUGGGAACAGCUCUUUGGUUUCCACCUCUUGUUCAAGUUCAAUCGCUCCGUGUCGAAGGGAUACGUGCGGCUCAUUGCGUCUCUGCUGGCGGACCUGCGAUCGCUGAACAAUGCCAUGCAACUCGAGCAGUACGACAGCCUGCACUUCAUGUACAUGAAGGUCCUGCAGCGCGAGAUUUACGUCAUUCAGAUGCGCUCGGGGGACCUGUUGCACGAGAUAUCGGGCGAAGUCCACGCGUCAUCCGAACAGCUCGACCUGCAACGGAUUCAGCAGCUCCAGAGUCAGAUGGAAGACACGUUGCGUCGGUAUCGCGAAGCGCAGAUUCGGCUAUUGCAGUCGCAACAGGUCAAGCUGAAAGACGUCGAGGGCAACGUCCCGCUCAACCUCUUCCUCUUCUCACUCAACUCGUUCUGCAGCACGUUGAUCGAGUUCCAAGACACGCACAACAAGAAGGACUUUCACGGCGGUCGCCGUGCCCAGUCGUUCCUCGUGCAGUCGAUCAAGAACGCUUUCGUGACGCAUCGGUACACGCGGUCGCUUUUCCUCGAAGCUGCGCGCGUGUCAGUUGCGAUCGUCAUGGGCGUGUUCCUGGGCGUGUACAUUUACGGCUUCAGCUCGACGACCCCUUCGGCCGUCGCGUACGUGAUGGGGAACCACAUUGGAGGCUCCUUCAGCGUCACGGUGAACCGCGUGGGCGGUGUCGUCGCCGGCAGUGUCAUUCCUUCGGUCUUCCAGUUCUUCAUCUCCCAAGUGUGCAACCCGCGCUUCCUGAACGUGUUCCUGUCCGACGUGCUGCUCUUCGUUUGGGUUACCGUGUCCAUGUACGUGAAGUUCGCAGGCGGCUACAGCUCGUACGCGGGCUUAGUGUCGGCCUUCAUCUCGGCGGGCAUCCUGCUCCGUCAGUCGGACGUGUGCUACACGAACGGAUCCGACAGCUCGUUGACGAUCUCCAUCAACUCGUACUCGAGCCUCGCGCAAACGUCCGUCGGCCUCGUGCUGUUCAUUGUCGUGGAGAUGGCCAUGUGCCCCGAGAGCGCCACGAGUUUGCUGCGCAAGAACAUCCAGCAGACGCUCAAGCUGCAGCAAGAGGCGUUCGGGACGCUCUUCGGCCACCACCUCUCGAGUUCGGGGCAACUGAGUGACGAGACGAUGGAAACCGUGCGCGACGUGCUCCAAGUGCAGAUCCCGGCGAAGCUCGUCGAGCAGCAGGCGCUGCUGCACGAAGCGCAAGCCGAGCCCCAGAUGUGGCGCCCCACGUUCUCCAAGCAGAAGUACGAGGCCGUGCUCAGCAGCAGCCACCGCCUGCUGAACAACAACAACUUACUGUUCAAACUCGUGCGCUGGUACAACUACCGCGUCAAGCAGCACCUGACGCUCGCGAAUGCGAUUGACAUUCGCGACGUGAGUGCUGACAAUGCGCGUGGGUUCGGUCCAAAUGGCGGCCCCUCGACGCACAUGCGGUGGCAGAAGGCCAGCAAACAGUUCCUGUCUUCGGUCGACGACACGUUCAAUACGCUGCAGAUGCUCUUUGGCGAGUCGUUCCUGUACUCGGACCCGGAGCAGACGGCGAUUUUCAUGCAGAUGAAAGAGGCGUUUCGAGUUGCGGACAAGGACUGCAGCGGUGAGAUCGAUGCCGAUGAGGUGGCGGUGAUGCUCGAGACGAUCUUUGCACAGUCAGGAGCUGUCAAGCAGGAGGACAUAUCGACGUACGUGUCGGACUUUAUGGCCAUUGUCGACAAGGACUGCAGUGGAAAGGUCUCGUUCGAAGAGUUCAUGGCCGCGCUCGAAGACGGGUUGAAGCUCGAGGUCGAAGUGUACCAUCGUCGGAAACCAAAGACAGCCCGCGUGCAUACCGUCUUGGCCCGUGUGAAUGAAGACGGCGAUGCCCUGUCGUGCAGUGCCACGUCGUCGAACGGAACGGGCAGUGCGUCGAAAGCUACGGGCAGUGCGUCGGGGACGUACAAACCGCUCCGAGGCGACCGCGUCUCGACGGCGUCGUCGGUCCGGAAUACGCCCAAGCGGACGUCGGGGUUCCUGAAACUCGCGUCGACUGCGGCACUGUCGCCCAUUCGUCGUGAGCACGACGUGCUGAACGUCGAGGACUUUACAACGAGUGACAUUGCCGCGCAGAUGAAGGCGACGUACGUCGAGUGGUUGAUGGAGGACCGUCGGUUCAUGCGCGUGACAAUGGAGGAGAUGUUGCUGCUGAAUUGUCUCGUGAGCGGCGCCGAAGGCAUUGCAAAGAACUUGACGCUCAUGGAAGAGAUUGUCAUUUCGUCGUAG